GUUUCAUUUAAUGCACCGUCUCUUCCCUCAGCCUCUUGUCUGCAACAGCAACAAUACCCGGCAACCACCCUCAACAAUCUUGAGUUUCACUACUUCACCUUCCCUUCUACAACAUACCACCAUGCCCCAAAAUAAUGCAUUGCAAGAGUUUUUCUUUUUUUCUUUUCAAAAUGUGGGUUGACUUUGACUAGCUGAUUCAAAGAGCAUGCAUGGACCAUACAUAGCUCCAGUUGUUGUUGAUCUAGUGAGUUAAAAGUCUCUUUUGUGAUGGAAACAGUUGGAUUCGGAGCUUAAUGGCUUUUCUUUUAUUAUGACAACUUUUUUUUUAUCUCUCUCACCAAGCCAAUAAGAAGCAUGGGAUUUUCUUUCCUAUGCAUUGCAAGUGAACAGAAGAUCUAGCGUAGUUCCUAAUGAAGAUUCCUGUUUUGCUGGUUAUUUUGCACUCCCUACCACUCCUUUUUUUCUCUCUUUUAUUUUCUUGCAUUGCUAGUUAUCCAUGGAGUUUGUGAGAAAUCUUGAGGUAAUUAAAAGUGUCAUCAUGGUGUUUUAGUUCUUAAUUAGAUGAAGUUUGCAAGACUUGUUCUUCCCUCUAAACUGCAUUAGUCUUACUCUUACCAACCAGUUUUCUCUCUGAGAAGUCAAUGGAAGCAAAGCCAUAGUCUAUGAGCAAACAAUUUUGCUAUUACUAUUGGUGAAUUUUCUACAUUCUACAUUUUUUUUUUAUCUGUGUAAUACUUUGGUUGCUUUGUGUCAUGGGGUUCUCAUUAAAACACCAAUCAAUCUACGGUUUCAAUGUGAACCAAUGUUUACUUGGGCUUCUACUUGACCUGGUGGUUUUGUCACACUUGUGGUUGCAAGUUACAAGCCUUGGUUCCAUGUCAUCCAUUGCCACCUCUUACGGAGAAAAGGGUUCUGUGUUUUGUGGUUUGAAAUCUGAUGGCUCUCACACAGUGACAUGUUAUGGAUCAAACUCAGCCAUAAUCUACGGAACACCAACACAUUUUUCAUUCCUUGGCCUAACAGCUGGAGAAGGCUUUGUAUGUGGUCUUCUAAUGGGUUCUAAUCAACCAUACUGUUGGGGAAGCAGUUCCUACAUUGAAAUGGGAGUGCCUCAACCUAUGAUCAAAGGAGCACAGUACCUAGAAAUCAGUGCUGGUGAUUACCAUGUCUGUGGCUUGAGGAAACCUAUGACUGGAAGGCACAGGAACGUUUCCUUGGUUGAUUGCUGGGGCUACAACAUGACCAAGAACUAUGUGGUUGGUGGAAUGAUUCAAUCAAUCUCAGCAGGUUCUGAAUUCAACUGUGGCCUUUUUUCUCAGAACAGGACUGCGUUCUGCUGGGGAGAUGAGACUAACAGCCUAGUCAUUAGUUUGAUUCCACAUGACAUGAGAUUCCGGAAAAUUUCAGCUGGGGGGUACCAUGUGUGUGGAAUCUCAGAAGGGGUGAACUCCAAAACUUUUUGUUGGGGGAGAAGCUUGAACCUUGAGGAAGAAAUUUCAGUGUCACAUGCAGGUCAAGGAAACGUUGAUUUGGCACCAAAUGACCCUAUGCUUUCUUUAGUGGGAGGGAAGUUCCAUGCAUGUGGCAUUAAGAGCUAUGACCGUGGAGUUAUUUGUUGGGGAUUUAUCAUCAAACCAAGUUCACCAUCUCCUAAAGGGAUUAAGGUUUUUGAAGUUGCUGCUGGUGAUUACUUUACUUGUGCAGUUCUUGCUGACAAAUCUCUUAUGCCUUUAUGUUGGGGUGUUGGCUUUCCCACUUCUCUUCCUUUAGCUGUUUCACCAGGAAUGUGCCAACCUUCUCCAUGUGCUCCUGGCUCCUAUGCAAUUGAUAAGCAUAAGAGUCUUUGCAAGUCACCGGAUUCUCGUGUUUGCAUGAGGUGCAGUGGUGCUUGUCCUCCUGAAAUGUAUCUGAAGAGUGCAUGCAAUUUGGCAUAUGAUAGAGUGUGUGAAUAUAACUGUUCCUCUUGUUCUUCAUCUGAAUGCUUCUUGAACUGCUCCUCUUCAUAUUCCAAUGCUGCUGCUUCUACUGAGAAGAAAAGUGAAAAAAUUUGGGCUCUGCAGUUGCCAGUUCUCAUUGCUGAGAUUGCUUUUGCAGUUUUCGUAGUUAGUAUUAUGUCAAUAACUACGGUUUUAUACGUCCGCUACAGGCUAAGAGAUUGUGAGUGUUCAAAAGGGUCAGGGGUGAAGAAACUUGGUGGAAAUUCUUCCUUCCAAAACGAGAACAAGGUGAGGCCAGACUUGGAGGAACUUAAUAAGAUCAGAAGGGCUCAAAUAUUCACCUAUGAGGAGCUUGAAACUGCAACCGGUGGAUUCAAGGAAGAGUCCAUAGUAGGGAAGGGAAGUUUUUCUUGUGUGUUCAAGGGAGUUUUCAAAGAUGGGACAGUUGUUGCUGUCAAAAGGGCUAUAGUGUCUCCCAACAUGCAGAAGAACUCCAAGGAGUUUAACACUGAACUUGACUUGCUCUCAAGGUUGAACCAUGCUCAUUUGCUCAACCUUCUAGGGUAUUGCGAAGAAGGUGAAGAGAGGCUUCUUGUGUAUGAGUUCAUGGCUCACGGAUCUUUGCACCAACACUUGCAUGGAACAAACCAAGUGUUGAGAGAGCAACUAGAUUGGAUAAGAAGGGUCACAAUUGCAGUUCAAGCGGCACGUGGAAUCGAAUACUUGCAUGGAUAUGCUUGCCCUCCAGUGAUUCAUAGAGACAUCAAGUCCUCAAACAUUCUCAUUGAUGAAGAACACAAUGCAAGAGUGGCUGAUUUUGGUUUAUCAUUGUUAGGUCCUGCAGACAGUGGUUCCCCUUUGGCUGAACUCCCAGCUGGGACUCUUGGCUAUCUUGAUCCUGAGUACUAUAGGCUUCACUACCUCACAACAAAAUCUGAUGUCUAUAGCUUUGGUGUUCUCCUUUUGGAGAUUCUAAGUGGUAGAAAAGCAAUUGACAUGCAAUAUGAAGAAUGCAACAUAGUGGAAUGGGCAGUGCCUCUUAUCAAAUCAGGAGACAUAACUGCGAUUUCAGACCCGGUUUUAAAGCCUCCUCCUGAUCUUGAAGCAUUGAAGAGAAUAGCAAAUGUGGCUUGUAAGUGUGUGAGAAUGAGAGGGAAAGAGAGGCCCUCAAUGGAUAAAGUAACAACAGCUUUGGAGAGAGGUCUUGCACAGUUAAUGGGAAGUCCAUGCAUUGAGCAGCCUAUUUUGCCCACUGAGGUGGUUUUGGGAAGCAACAGAUUGCACAAGAAGUCAUCUCAAAGGUCUUCAAACAGGUCAGUUUCUGAGACUGAUGUGGCAGAAACUGAGGACCAAAGGUUUGAGUUUAGAGCACCCUCAUGGAUAACUUUCCCUAGUGUGGCAUCUUCUCAGAGGAGAAAAUCAUCAGUGUCUGAGGAAGAUGUAGAUGGGAAGAACAAUAAUGCAGAAGGGAAGAACUUGGGCAAUGUUGAUGUUUUGAGAAGCCUUGAGGAAGAGAUUGGUCCUGCUUCUCCAAGAGAGAGGAUGUUCUUGCAGCACAACUUCUAACCAUGUAUGUCAAAUUUGAAGGAAAAAAACUACUCUGAUUUAUAGUUCUCAUGAGAUUGUGGCUUUUGAUUUAGAUUCUUAGGAAUGGAAAUGUGGUGCAAAAUUGUGAGGUGAUUUUCCUCAACAGAUGCUGCUACCACUACUAAUGUAAUGCUGUUUCAUGUAACUUUGUUUCUUGAGACUCAUCAUAGAUGCAAGUCUGACAAUUAUUAUUUCAAGGGUUAAUAGUAAUUUUAGUUCAUGAAAAA